AUGGAUAUUGUUAUUUCAAUUGCGUCCAAAAUUGCAGAGUCCUUGGUGACACCAAUAGGCAAAGAAUUUGGCUAUUUGAUUUACUAUGAUACCAACAUGAAAGAUCUAAAGGAUGAACUUAAACAGCUUUUUGAGAUGAAAGAUGGGGUGCAAGAAUUGGUUAACGCUGCCAAAAGGAAUGGUGAAGUUAUCAACUCUGAUGUUCAAAGUUGGCUAACAAGUGUUGACAAGUUAAUUCAGAAAGUGUUGCAUUUUGAGGAAGAAGUUAGCAUGAAAGGCGAUGCUUGUACCGGUGGAACAUAA